AUGAGUCGUCUGACGGAUUCCAUAACUCGACUUGGUCCUGCCAUUCAACGCACCUCUUCGGAUCCUCGCCCAGUUGUCCUGAUGACAUGCGCAGUGGCAGGAUCUGGAAAGACUACUCUCGCGAAAUCGGUCUGCUCCACCUAUCCAUCUUUCACUCGUCUCUCCAUUGACACAUAUGUCUAUUCCCAUCAUGGCCUUUACAACGUGGACUACCCCAAGGAACUCUACGAGAAGUAUCUAAACGAGGCGGAAGAAGCUCUAAAGCAGCAACUUGUCCACAUUCUCGAACAUGGCAAUUCGAACGUCGUCCUCGAUUUCUCUUUCGCAUUCCGCGAAGUUCGUGAUGUGUGGAAAGCGCUCAUCUCCGACGCGGGUGGGCGCUGGGUGCUGGUUUACCUGGACGCGGAUCCAACGGAGAUUCGGCGAAGAGUAGCAGCUAGGAAUGCAUUGAUUGAGAAAGAUGGAGACUCGGCAUUCUAUCUAACAGAGGAUGUGUUGGAACGGUAUCUGAGUGGCUUUGAACGGCCGGUUGGGGAGGGAGAGAUUGUCAUCAACAAAACUGAGAACGAGUUAGUACCUUGGAAGAGGAUUGAGGGUGGCAAGCACUCACUCCCAGCACAUUGGUCCACAAGUACAUCACCCACAUCUCCAUACUCUCGUCGAUCACCGACCGAAAGUAUUUCCCCAGCGUCUUCAGGUGCUUAUCCUUCGGCCACGGCCCAAUCGGUAGUUUGUAUCGUUGCCUCGUUCGUCGGUACGCCUGCCGUGGCUCAUGACCUAUUCACCUACAUCAACGCAGAGCAGAAGCUAGCUGGAAAGCCGGUGAAUGAGUCCAAGAUUUCAUACCUUGCCGUGAGCUACGGGACGGUGUUGGGCGCCACAUUCGCGUCUCUGUACCCUGACCAUGUGGGCAGGAUGGUUCUCGAUGGUGUGGUUGACGCAGCGGACUACUAUGAUCUGGGCUGGAGAACCAAUCUCUACGACGCGGAUAAAGCCCUCGACUCGUUCAGCGAAUACUGCUUCCAGGGCGGCCCUACAAAUUGUUCAUACUGGGGCCCAUCUGUUCAAAACAUCACCGGCCGCUUGAACGGGCUACUGGCCAAGCUGAAAUACCAUCCCGUGCCUAUUCCGAGCUCGGACGCUUGCGAUAUCCCUUUGCUCGCCACGUAUUCGGAUUUGAAAGAGUACAUUCUCAUUGCGACGUAUGCUCCGCUGUCGAAUUUUCCAGUACUAGCCGAUGUACUGUCGGGUUUGGAACGAGGCAGCACUUCGGCAUAUGUCAGAGCAGCCACGGAUGGCUUCUUACCCGCAAACCCGUGCAAUAACGGCAGUGGAAAGAACGGGACGACGGAUGUGAACACGUUGAUCAAAUGCGUGGAUGGUUAUGCUGGGCACAAGUUCGAGAACCUGACGGAUUAUCGAAACUAUGUCGACACACUGACCUUGCAAAGUCGUUUCUUUGGGGAGGUGUGGCCCAACAACGCGAAUGGAAUCUCAUGCAGAUCUUUUGAUGCAAAACCGCCAAAGUCCGGACGGCUUCCAGGCUCCAUCUUGGAAACUCGACAGACUUCGUUCCCCAUCUUAUGUGUCACAACCGAGACUGAUCCCGUUGCUCCCAAGAGAGGUGCAUACAAAAUGUCGUCGGUCUUCCCUGGAUCGGUCGUUUUGACCCAGGCAUCAGUUGGCCAUACUGCCAUUGCCAGUAUUUCAUCGUGCUAUUUGAAGAAUGUUCAGAUGUACCUCAAUGGUCAGCUUCCUGCAGCGAACACGACCUGCCCGCCGGAUGUCUUGCCAUUUCAGGGUUCAGCUUCAUUUUCUUUCGGACUAUAA